AUGAGUAACAAUAGUAUAGCAAGAGAUUUCUUUGGAACGUUGCAAAAUCUAUACGUGUUCAUCGAAACUUGCACAAAACGACAUGCUGUGUACUUGAAACACCAGAGAAAGUUGAAUGCAUCAGAUGAUGAAGGAAAAAAGAAGCGCGAGUACGUUCUGAAGAAAUUGUCUGAUACAAGAUGGGCAUGCCGGGCGGACAGCAUCACCGCAAUUUACCACACACUCGAAGCUGUCAUCGCGACUCUAAAAGAGAUCAGAGAAAAUGAAAAGAAGGCUCACAUUGCAGCAGAAGCAAAGGGGUUGUUUCAGAACGUCUGUGAUUUUGAAUUUGUUUUGGCUUUGGAGGUACUGUUUUGAUGACAAAUGUACCGUGAUUUAUAUUUCAUUCAUUUUUAUUUUUAAUGAAAAUUUAAUAAUGUGAGUUGAUCAUUUUUAUUAAGGUGCUGAAGAAAGUCCUGCUACUCAGUAAGGGAGUGUCAGAUAAGCUGCAGUCAGAGGACUUGGAUGUCGUCACCGGCUGCGAAAGAGUUGCUGAUCUGCUAAGCACAGUACAGGCUCUACGAUGCGAGCCCAAAUUUGAGGAAUUUUGGGAAACUACUGUUACAAAAUGUCGCAGCUUGAAUAUCGAAGAACCAAGACAAGAGCGUACCCACAAACUUCCUAGGAGGAUCGACGAUAAUCCUGACACAGUAGUCCAUCUUACGUCGAAAGAAAAGUUUAGAAUUUCCUUUUACUAUAAUGUAGGUUAUAUGAAUAAUGAAUUGUUCUGGAAACAUGCAUUCCAAUCACUUAUAAAAAUAUUUACAGCUAUGUAUUUUUCGAAAUCUAGGUACUUGAUCUUAUGGUUAGCUCCAUUGAAAGUCGAUUUGACAAGAAUAACGCACCAGUUUUGAUGGGUCUCGGAUACUUAACUCUUUUCGGUCACACACAUUCGCAUCAUAUUACGACCCAAUCGUUCUAGUAUAAAUAUCUCGGCGAGUAUUGACCCCCCUUUUAAAUAAAACCCACCAUUGAAAUCCUCACAAAAUAACCUUUCGAACGGGGGGUCAAGUGCCGUCUGAACAUUACACAAACCGAAACAAUCAUAUAUUUACUCACCGCUUGGCCAAAGAUUCUAAAUUUCAUAUACACAACAUCUUGAAUACCCCUUGAACUUUUCGACAUUUGCUGAACGGCUAUAUGUGUAAAAUACUCUUUGUAUUCAAGCGCUUUCGUGUAGAAAGUUUCGUAUGUAUACGCCGACUAGAAAUAUUUAUUUUGAAUUUUUCAAGAUGUCGGGUUUUACUCGCACUUGAGUACAUUGCGCAAUAAUUGGCCAAUAAGAAGCUCCUGUAGCCGGGAUGACGUCAAACUCACGCGUGUAGGUGCAAUUUGACCUUGCGAAUCCAUUUCUGGCCUUUCCAGGGUCAUACGAUAUAAGCGCCGCAUUGUUUUGACGGUUUUCAGUCGUAUUUCCGGUUGGGAUUAACUCACUUCGAGCUCACAGUCGGACAAGAAAUGGAAAUAUAUUGAUAAAAGAUACAGAUUUGAAGAUACAGGCUUGCAAAUAACACUCUAAAUAGUGUUUUUAAUGGGAAUUCUAACAAGCCUAUUACAAAGACGAUAUGUUCGAAGGGGCCGAAGUUACUUUCGGCGAAAGGUAUGGCUAGUCUAUAUUUUUGUUCAGACAAUUGCAUAAUUUGAUACAAUAUGAUCGUGUUGGACUUUCAAAGGCCGAUAAAUCGCUACAAUGUUAAUAAUGGCUAUAACUAUCGUUUGGAACUAGUUGAUCUUUUAUUUCUGAAUUGAAUGGUGGUAUUUCUGUCUUCAUAGCACGCACUAAACUGAAGGUAUGAAAUUUCGAAGCCGUCGAUCCCUCGAGAUCGAUGAGACUGGGUUGUGAUGCAAAAGAGUUAAAUCCUUCUCGAAUAGGCAAUCCAGAAGCUUGGAAACAUAUUUCUGUCGCGGCCCAAUGGUUCCAAUGCGAUCUUGAUGUUGAUGAAAUAGAGAGCGAAAUAUUUUCCCUACAGACAUCGUCGCUGCUUGCUAACAUCCUCGAGAAGGCAAAAUUAGAGAAGAGAAAAGCCAGUUUCGACGACCUGUUCAAAGCAUUGCAAGCUGAACCCGAAUGCUAUGGAAAUUUAACAAAGCUCAUGAAAAUUGCUUUGACACUGCCCCUCACAUCAACAAGUGCCGAAAGGACAUUUUCGAAGCUAAAGUUGAUAAAGUCUCGACUUAGGACAACCAUGCAGCAGGAAAGACUGAAUAGUCUGAUGCUGAUGUCCAUCGAAGACGACUUGUUGGAGCAACUUGAUGUGGACAAUCUUGUCCAAUUGUUCGUAGACAUGGCCCCAAGAAGAAUGGGUUUAGUUUAGAUUUUUAAAUUAAACAUUUACUCUCAACUAUUGCUCUAUUCUUUCAAAUAUUUAAAUUUACACUUUAUCAGACUCUGAGUCCCCAUUUCUUUUAAAAAGCAUUGUAGAAACGAACAGUGUCUCACUGUCGAAUAAAAGAACUUCGCAUUAUUUGAACUCAAAAUGUCCAACUAAUGUUCGUUUAAGCCUUUUUACACACUUCUCUAGGGAUAAAGGGGUCAUAAAGUGAGAAGAAUAACCCAACUUCAGUUCUGCAGUAUAGAUGGCUUUGACAAUUUAUUACAUUUGGGAGAAAAGAAGAUUGGUACAUUUGUGAAAUCAAGGAAAAUCAUGUCUUUUAUGCAAUAUAUAAUCCUCAGAAUGCCAACUUUAUUCUGCAAAAUCUCACCCGGAAAAUGCAGGAAAUCGCAUUUGCGGGAGUCUAGAUUUCAAAAUUUCCCGGGGGGCAUGCCCCCGCACCCCACUAUAAUGGCUCACACCUUCGGCGUUUGGAUCUCGCCCCCCCAAAACUUUGACUCUGGCUACACCACUGUUUGUAAUGUGUAGUGAGUAUUUUGAAAUGUGUAGUGAGAAUAUUGAAAUGUGUAGUGAGCAUAUUGAAAUGUGUAGUGAGUAUUUUGUAAUGUGUAGUGAAUAUUUUGAAAUGCGUAGUUUUCUCUGGUUGGCGUUAUUUGAUUUUGUAAUGUGUUUUGAUACUUGUUUAUGUAGUGACACGUACCGGCCACUGUAUCAAACUGUAGCAAAUGAGGAAGAAGAACGGGAAGCAAUAGUAUCGGGAAUUGCUUAA